AUGCUUCCCAUGGCUGAGGACACCAUCAACACCCGGAUAUUUCUGUUUGUGUGGACCUGUACGAGCCUUUCCUUCAUUUCCUACUCAGCUGCCUUCUCUCAUGGAGCGAGUCUUGCCGCUUGCUCUGACAUGAGGCCCAAACAUAUCCGAGCAGCGCCACAGAAUAUGAGGAAGAACUAUAUCACCGUACACGCCAACAGGUCCUUCUACCUGCCUGGUGACAAGGUUCCUGUAACUGUGAGAAGUGCUCGAGAUUUCAUGGGCUUUAUGCUUCAAGCUCGGAGAAUUUCCAAUGACCAAGUAGCUGGCUCCUUUAUAGUCAUCCCUACGGGUUCCAAACUACUGCAUUGCUUUCAAGAUGGAGAUACUGUUACCCAUUCAGACAAGUCAUUGAAAAGAAAUCUGUCUUUUGUGUGGAAGUCACCUGAUCAGCCUGUUGGAGACAUAAAGUUUUUCUUAUCAGUCGUCCAAUCAUAUUUUGUGUACUGGGCACGUAUUGAAUCUGCUAUUGUGUCGCAACACGUUCAAAACCAAACUUUUGAAGUUCGCAAGCCAGAAAAAUCAAGCACAGACAUGAUGACUGUAUCCGGCUUGGUGACUAAUAGCACUAUACGCACCGUUACCCACCCCUCUGUGCCAGGGUUACACAAAGAUACGUCCAAAAGGUUUGUAGAGUUCAUUACUUCAACUGCAUCAAGGGUUGUGACAUAUCCAUCAGGAAACAACCUUUCUGGAACUGUAGGGCCGUCCCAUCCGGAGUAUGUACCAAGAAUAUCUCUACAAAGUUUACAGCCACCGAAUGAAGCACUCAACCAACACAUUCAUAACCGAACACAAAACACUUCUGAAGCCAGUAUAUGCCUUUCAUGUGAAGAAAACACACAGGAUUUUACAGUAGAAUUUACACUGCCCACUGCCAGACCAACCUACUCUGCAGAUCCUGGUGCAUGGAUCACUAUACCAGUUUUACCUACCGAAGAAACACGGAUAGACCCAUUAUUGGACAUUUUAGAAGAUACAGACAGCACCUCUUUGUCACCUUCAACUACACAAGAUGAAGAACUAGAAGCCACCGAAGAGAUUUCAGCAAACUUUUUGCAUCACUCAGAAGAUGUAGCUUCUGAUAUGAAUGUUAGAAAAGCUGAGGUUACCAUUCCAUGGGUGACCAACACAAUUCCAGAAGCUGUUGAUCCUGGCAAAGGAGGAGAGAGUAAGACUAGGGGAAUGCAGCUUGCCAUGACCCAGCUGGGCAUACUUUUAGGAUGCUCGGCAGUUCUGGGGAUGGCCCUUGCAGCUGGACUGCGCUGCAUCCAUGCCCAGUACUGUCAUAAGAGGACGGAAGUGUCCUUCAGUGAACCAGACAACAAUAUCAUUACUUUGAGGGAGAAUGGAGAAAUGAUGCAGUUCAGAAAAAUCAGAGAAAACAGCUUUGUGCUGGUCCAAGCAGAAUACAACUGGAUAGCCCCAGCAGGCAAAACACAAUAGCUCUGUGUCUUAAGUACCGCAGAGCACUUUGGUGUUAAAGUAGGUAAAUCACCAAAAGG